UUUCCGUGAGUAGGGUAGGAUGAGUGGGUGAGCCCCUCUCCCAAGCCGCCAGCCACACUGCAGGCUCUCAGCCACCCCAGGCUGCACAGGGCAAAGACCACAAUGCUAUUUUCAAGGGUAGAUGUUGUUUCCACAGGUCGAACACUGGGGAAACCAUGGCCUGGUCUGAGUCUGUGGAUACAGUACUUGCCAAUAAAGAGGGCCUAGCAGCUUUUCGGACAUUUUUGAAGUCCGAGUUCAGUGAGGAGAAUGUGGAAUUCUGGCUGGCUUGCGAGGACUUCAAGAAAACCAAAUCCUCCACCAAGAUUGCCUUGAAAGCCCAGAAGAUUUAUUCUGACUUUAUCCAAGCUGAUGCUCCAAAGGAGAUUAAUAUUGACUUCCACACCAAAAAUGAUAUCUCCCAGAACAUCUCCGAGCCCACCCUCAGCUGCUUUGAUGCUGCUCAGAGCUCAGUCUACUGUCUCAUGGCAAAGGACUCUUUUCCCAGGUUUCUGAGGUCAGAAGUGUACAAGGAACUGGUGAAGAAGCACCAGGACAGAAAUCAGAAGAGAUGGCUCCCAUUUCUGUGAGAAAAACCACUGAGGCUUUAGGAACUGAUAAUGUCUCCCAUUGCAAUUCAGUACAGAUAAUUACUCAUUGUUAAAGUGAUUGCAGGAGCCACUUUCAAGAAUCACCUGUGCCUGCUUGUGUUUAAGUACAAAUUGCACAUGAUGCUUUCUAAUAACAGUAGAGACAUGUUCAAGCAGUAGGAUGUAAUAUGCUAGACGCUUGAGCUACCUUCCUAAUAAAAAGGU